AUGCGCUUCCACGCAUCCAUCGCGUUCGCGACGAUCCUCGUCGUCAGCUUCGCACCGGGCGUCCACGCCAACAAGGGCAGCGCCGUGUGCGGCGCCUACCUCCCGGUCGACUCGGCCAUCCUGGCUGACCCCACGGCGUCCCCCCUGGACUACUCAGCCUGCAAAUACGGACACAUGAGCGUGAACGAUCCGUCCCCCGCGGGCGAAGGAUGCUUCAGUAAGCCCGGAGGGAAGUGCGAGCUGUGCACGCGCGCGCAGAAGUACGGAGACGUGCGCAACCACACCUGCGCCUGCAUAACCGAAGCUCAGCGCACUAAAGUCCGCGACAGGAUCAAGGACUCGCGGCUCGCGCUCGGUGGCGUGCUGCUCGGGAUGGGCGCCCUGUGGCUGGCGCACUCCGUUUGGGUGAUGACGGACGAAGACCGGGUGGAGAGGUGGGGCCUCGGCAGUCGCGACGGGUGCGGGCCGGGAACGUACAACGCGGUCAACUUUGUUCAGUUCAUCUUCCUGCCCCUCGCGCUGUGCGCCGCGGGCGCCGCCGUCGUCGGCGUGUACACCCAAGACGACUCGAGCUACUUCAACGGUUGCUGCAUGGGAUACGAGACGUGUACCGUGUGA